UGUUUUUAGCACGAUCACACGACCAACGUGUGUGUACAUUUUAAUUUGGGCAUGGCAGAUUUUCUGACCUCUACCCAACGAGCCAAAUGGAUUUUCACUUCUCAAACUCUGGUUAAGAAAUAUGAAGAAGCUAAUCAGAGAGCGAGACAAAUUCUAGGGGAGUAUGGAGCAACUCUAAUGGAAGUAGAUGGUAAUGGGUCUUUAACAUAUCCUGAACCCCGCAACACCGCAAAGGACGGUGCUGAAAAGCAUUCUCGGACAAAACCUCUUAGUAUUGAACAAGAAAAAUGUGUAAGGGUCUAUUAUGAAAGCAACGUGCAUAAUGUAUGUAAAAAAUUCCCCUUGCCUCGCAAGGUCCAGGCAACGGCCCUUAUAUUUUUUAAAAGAUUCUAUCUGCGAUGGUCGGUGAUGGAACAUCAGCCAAAGUAUAUAAUGUUGGCAUGCAUAUAUGCUGCUUGUAAGAUAGAAGAAUAUUAUGUGUCAGCCGAGGAGCUUAGUAAGUCCGUGGUUUUACAGGAUCAUCAAAUGAUUCUCAAUUACGAAAUGAUAGUCUAUCAGAGUUUGGAAUUUGAUCUUAUUGUUUAUGCGCCAUAUCGCGCAGUUGAAGGCUUCAUAAACAAUAUGGAGGAAUUCUGCCAUUGCUAUGAAGGUGAUGAUCAGCUCCCAAGACUCAAGACUUUGCAAGAAAAAGCAGACUUGGAAGUUGAUAAAAUGAUGUUUACAGAUGCAUCACUUUUAUUUCCUCCUGGUCAGUUGGCCUUGGCUGCUCUACGAAAUGCAAAUGCAAUCCAUAAAGUUAUUGACUUUGAUAGUUAUCUCAGGAGCAUUUUUGGCCGUCAGAGUUCCAUGCAUAAAAUGUCCGAACUUUCUGAAUCACUGAAUGCUAUCGAUUCUUGGAUGCAGGUUAGCAAAUACGAGAUUCCUUCUAAAAAGGUAAAAAAUCAUAUUGACAGAAAACUGACGUCUUGUUGGGGUUUUAGCUCUCAUGACGAGGGAAAGAAGCAGGAGAAGAAAUCGAAGCACAAAUCUGAGAAGAGCUCAAAAGAAGCACAAAGUUCUAUGCCAUCUCCUGUAUAGGUAUAUAUGUUCAUCUCCUAUAGUUGGCAAUUUGGUUUUUCAUUUGGACACGAAGGAUAAAAUAUUCUCUUAACCGACAGUUAACGUUUGCUUCACCUGUGUCCCUCAUUAUCAUUCGUGUGACUUGUUUGUGACCAAGUGAUCUAGUUUUCUCCAAAUCUGAUGCAUGAUUACAUUUCACUUUUGCUGAUGAUCAACAGACAUUUCUGUUUGAAUAUAAAUCAUUUCUCCUAU